UCAGGGAUCAUUGUGAGUCUGCGCGGAUAACCGCUAAGCAGCGGAGUGUUACAACAAUAUAGAGAAUAGCGAGUUAUAUCCAGACCACAUCCCUUACUUCAAAGCUGCCCUGGGCUGAUCAGUGUAUUUAUGUGCGCGUAUCUUUCAUUCAUUGCCUUAAUUAGACAUCUGUUCCCUCGUUCAUCUUUGAGAGAGAGAGACACUACUUGACCGCAGAAGUUUUUCGGGGCGUCUUGAGGGAAUGUUUGUGCACCAGCGCGCGACGCAGCAGUUACAACGCCUGUGACUGUCAGCGCGAGACACUCUGCAUCGUGUUGAUACGUCCUUUCUCGACACCCUUCUUCCUGCUGGGACAAUCUGAUGGUGAUUUGAAGAACUGCAGCAGAUUUCCAGUGCACCUUUUUACCAUCCAGCACUUUGCUGUUCCCCUCUGCUGCUGCUGAUCGGCGGAUACAAUCACAUCACUGCUCCAGACAAAAUGGCUUCCACAGUGAGAAAAUGUCAGCACCUGUUUUUAACACUCAUCCUUCUCCCUUUGAUCUACUGCAUGCACCCAGACUGUGUCAUUCAGUUAGAGAAAGAGAAGUGCAUGGAAAGGAUGACCAUGGAUGACCCUAGCAGUGAACCUGAAUUGGUCUGUCGAUGGAUGUGGGACAACCUCACCUGCUGGGAGCCAGCAAAAAUUGGUCAAGUGGUCUGGAUGCCUUGUCCUGAGCUAUUUGAAUUCAUGAGUGAGCAGAAUGAUGAGUUUGGAAAGGUCAGUCGUAAUUGCACCGAGGAGGGCUGGUCAGAGAUGUUCUCUCACUACGUAGAUGUUUGCCCUUUUAAUGAAAAUGGAACAAGUCCAGACAUGUACUAUGUGUCAGUAAAGGCUCUUUAUACUGUUGGCUACAGCACCUCACUGGUGUCUCUAACCACUGCCAUGGUCAUUCUCUGCAGGUUCAGGAAGCUGCAUUGCACCAGGAAUUUCAUUCAUAUGAACUUGUUUGUGUCCUUCAUCCUGAGGGCCAUUUCAGUCUUCAUUAAAGAUGGCAUUUUAUAUGCAGAGGAGGACAGCAACCAUUGCUUUAUACACACUGUGGAGUGUAAAGCAGUGAUGGUAUUUUUUCAUUAUUGUGUUUUGUCAAACUACUUCUGGCUGUUUAUCGAGGGCUUGUAUCUUUUUACGCUGCUUGUUGAGACAUUCUUUCCUGAGAAAAGAUACUUCUACUGGUACACCAUUAUUGGAUGGGGUACUCCAACAAUCUGUGUGGCUGUCUGGGCAGUCUUAAGAGCUCAUUUUGAUAACAUUGGUUGCUGGGAUAUCAAUGACAACGCUGCCAUCUGGUGGGUGAUCAAGGGUCCUGUUCUUGCCUCUAUCAUGAUCAACUUUAUACUCUUUAUUGGCAUCAUUAUAAUCCUGGUGCAGAAGCUGCAGUCUCCAGAUAUUGGAGGGAAUGAGUCCAGCAUUUAUCUGCGUCUGGCUCGCUCCACUCUUCUCCUCAUUCCUCUAUUUGGAAUUCACUAUACCGUGUUUGCUUUCACACCAGAAGAUGUCAGCAAAAGAGAAAGACUCGUGUUUGAACUUGGUCUUGGUUCUUUUCAGGGUUUUGUAGUAGCUGUCCUUUACUGCUUUCUUAAUGGAGAGGUGCAGUCCGAAAUCAAACGAAAAUGGCGCAGCUGGACGGUGAACCGGUACUUUGCUGUCGAUAUGAAGCACAGGCACCCGUCUCUGGCCAGCAGUGGUGUGAAUGGGGGCACACAGCUCUCCAUCCUCAGCAAGAGCAGCUCACAGAUCCGCAUGUCCAGCCUGCAGGCUGAAACACCGGCCACAUGAGCGCUCAGACGACCAAACUCCUUAGAACUAGAGCUACAAAAUAACCUACGUCAACAUCCAAGUCCUGUUUCAUCUUUUGAGUCUGCAUAGUGCCGGUUGAAGCUGUAAUAUCUGUCAACCCUCCAUAGGUGACAGGCUUUUGCUACAGAACUCUGAGGAGCUCACAACCAAUGGUCUAUUGUGUGCCAAGCAAACAUGGAUACCUUUGAUACGGACUUACGGAGGAAUCAGAUUUGAUCUGAACUGAAUGAAAUUACAGACCGAGGGGAAAUAAUGAUUCCAUAGAAAUCCAGUAUUUAGGAUGUUUUCAUCCAGAAAGCUAUAGUUCGUGAACAAAAUGGAUAUUUUUGUACAUAUCAACAUAACAAGUCUCUCGUGUUUCAUUUCUCUGUCUGUGAAGAUUUGUGACAGUUCGAGAUUCUCAGUAUUUGAUCAUCAAAGCAUCAUCGAAGAGGACGAAGACAGUAGCAGACCUCACCGCAAUGGGAUGUGGGACAUGAAAAGUCAUUUUGGAAGGAGAAGGAACCACAUAUUUCACACAGGAGCUUAAUGAAUAACUCAUCCCCAGUUCCUUAUACCAAUUUAAUAUGUAAAUAUUUCCAUAUGUUGUAACUGUAGAAUGAAGGACUGAAGGAAAAAGCAAGUUUAAGGACUACGAAGUCUAAGGAUCCACAUUCUGGAUGAUUCUUGGGCACAGUGUUGGAUUCUUUUAUAGUCAAAACCUCAUUAAAACAGUGAGUAACUCAACUUGUCAAUUUGUUUUCAUGAGUAGAUUCCUCUUGUAUUUGUACAUGUGCUCCAAUUUUUUUAAAUAGCCUCUAUUACAGAAAAUGCCAUUUAGAAUACAACAAGUUCAUGCCACAAUGUUGGCAUAUUAAUAUAUAACUGGGUAAUAUGGGUGUAAUAGAUUUGUAAUAUGCAUGUUGAUUCCCCCCCCCCCCACACAUUUCUAUGACUACUAGCUGUCAUACAGUGAAUUUACAGCAAAGAAUCAUGAAACAUUACACUCUUAUCAAUAAAUAAAUUAUUUAUAAGCUAUUUUAUUUUUUUCUGUUUAAAGGCUGAGCAUGUUCUUAUAGCUGUUCUGACACAUAUUUGAUCUUUUGCUCAUUUUGUAAUUUAAUGUCAAAAGCAUUAACAAAUAGAGCACUUUUAAGAUUCCAAAGAAGAUUUUUUUGAAUAUUUGACCUCUUAAUACGUCAUUUGCCGUACAAGUUUGCAAGUCUUUGCGACUGAUGUCACUGCAUAAGAAGAUGUUUUUUGCUUCUUCAAAGUGCCUUUUUUUUGCACAAAAGAGACAUCAGUUUGGUUUUACCAAGACAAACUGCAACACAUAACUGCAUCCCUCUUUGAAAGAAUAUUCAUUAUGCUUCAGCAAACCUUAAGAGGCCUUCAGAGAAUUCAAGCUAGUUCAUCCCUUUUCUUUGGCGUAUCUUUUUACAGGCCUUCAAUUUUCUUUCAGUAAUGCUGAAGUAAGAAAGAAAAGGUUUGUGCAUAUGUAAUUUGAUAUAUAUGUAAUCAUUCCAAAAACUUAAAAAAAGUUUAUUUUGGAGGAUACAUGUUUUACAU